UCAGAGAGGGCUGGGGCCGCCAGAGCCGCCCGCGGGACCCGCUCCGGGGGCGAACAAAGAGGCCGCCAAACGCAUCACCAACAGAUUAUGUUUAUUUUGAAAAUUCUUCCAGCAAUCCAUAUCUCAUUAGAAGAAUUGAAGAACUUAACAAGACUGCCAAUGGAAAUGUGGAAGCAAAAGUGGUGUGCUUUUACAGGCGAAGAGAUAUUUCUAACAGCCUUAUAAUGCUUGCAGAUAAGCAUGCUAAAGAAGUUGAAGAAGAGUCUGAAACUACAAUUGAGGUUGAUUUGACUGAUAAACAGAAGCAUCAGUUGAAGCACAGAGAGCUUUUCCUUUCUCGCCAGUAUGAAUCCCUUCCGGCAACACAUAUCAGGGGAAAAUGCAGUGUUGCACUUCUGAAUGAGACAGAAUCUGUGCUGUCAUACCUGGAGAAAGAGGAUACUUUUUUUUAUUCGCUGGUAUAUGAUCCAUCACUGAAAACACUUUUAGCAGACAAGGGAGAAAUCAGAGUGGGGCCUAGAUAUCAAGCAGAUGUGCCAGACAUGCUUGCAGAAGGAGAAUUAGAUGACAGAGAACAGGCAAAGCUGGAAGUAAAAGUAUGGGAUCCAGAUAGCCCCCUUACUGACCGUCAGAUUGACCAGUUUUUAGUUGUAGCACGUGCGGUUGGCACGUUUGCUCGAGCACUGGACUGCAGUAGCUCCGUCAGGCAACCUAGUUUACAUAUGAGUGCAGCUGCUGCUUCCCGAGACAUCACACUGUUUCAUGCAAUGGAUACACUGCAUAAACACAACUAUGAUUUGAGCAGUGCCAUCAGUGUUCUAGUGCCACUUGGAGGGCCUGUCUUGUGUAGAGAUGAAAUGGAAGAGUGGUCAGCAUCAGAAGCUAGUUUGUUUGAAGAGGCGUUGGAAAAGUAUGGCAAGGACUUCAAUGACAUUCGACAAGACUUUCUCCCUUGGAAGUCACUGACUAGCAUCAUCGAGUAUUACUACAUGUGGAAAACCACUGACAGAUAUGUGCAGCAGAAACGUCUGAAAGCAGCUGAAGCAGAAAGUAAACUGAAACAAGUAUACAUCCCCACCUACAAUAAACCAAAUCCCAAUCAAAUAUCCAGCAACAGUGGGAAACCUGCUGCAGUCAAUGGAGCAAUGGGAGCCUCUUACCAGGCACAGGCCCCAGUAAUAGGUCGGGCUUGUGAAAGCUGCUAUACUCCACAGUCUCACCAAUGGUAUUCUUGGGGCCCUCCUAAUAUGCAAUGUAGGUUGUGUGCGUCCUGCUGGAUUUAUUGGAAAAAGUAUGGUGGCCUAAAAAUGCCUACACAGACAGAUGAAGAUAAACUGUCUUCCAGCCAACCUACCGAGGAAUCGCAUGUUAGAACUCACAUGUCCCGGCAGGCCACACAGGGAACUCCAGUUCGUAACACUGGAAGUCCAAAGUCGGCAGUGAAAACACGUCAAGCUUUCUUUCUUCACACGACGUGUUGGACAAAACUGGCCCGUCAGGUCUGCAAAAAUACCCUCCGGCUGCGGCAGGCAGCAAGACGUCCCUUUGUCCCUAUUAACUGUGCUGCCAUUAAGGCAGAAUAUGCAGAUCGACAUUGUGAACUUUCUGGAAAUCCUCUGAAGAUUAAAAGCACCAGAAAACCACUGUCAUGUAUCAUUGGGUAUUUAGAGAUACAUCCUACUGUGAAACCAAAUGUAAUCAGGUCAACACCAAGCCUUCAAAGUCCAAGUGCAAAACGAUUACUUGCACCCUCCAAUCACUCUUCAUUAAGUAUUUUGGGAAAAAGAAACUACAGCCAUCAUAAUGGUCUUGAUGAAUCAUCCAGCCAUACAACAAGAACAAUAAUGCAUGCUGCUCCCCAUAUCCAUAUGACCAAUGGUAAGGCCUUGCAAGCCAGUGCAAGUGCCAUUAAGACAAGUACCAUUCCAGUGAUCAAGAGACAGAGGCAAAAUUGGCUUGAUGCUUCAGAAGAUGGUUUCUUUAUAGCUACAGAAGAGACCAGCAUUUGCAUUAUAAGAAAUGUGUGGAAAUGUUUGGCUGAAUGCAUUACAGCAGCAGAUUCUAUAUGCUUUCCCUUCAUGGGCCAAAAAGCAUAUUUGCAUAUAGAUCUGCAGUUGAAUGACUCGAUGCUUGUUUCCUUUCAGUGCUGAAGCAGUUAGAAAUCU